AUGGCUAUGUCAAAUAUUAAUACUGUCAAUCAUGUUGAUACUAUAGAAACCAAUGAUGACUCAUUGAAUGGCAACAAUGUCAUUGAUUCAGUCUUGGCACAAGACCAAAUUUUUAUUUCUCAUCCAUUUAACUCUAUUUUAGAGCAAGAUUUAACAACAUAUACACCAAAUACUGCUUCUAAUACUAUCCAACAACAAACAACUGAAGAUACUGUUGAGAAUUCAAAUCCACUCAAUAUUCUAUCACGUGUAACAAUCGCUGCUGCUAAAUAUCCAAACGAUACAACACUUCAUAACUAUGGUGAUCUUCAAAUGUGGAUGUAUAUGCAUACAAAUAAACGUCCACCUGCUGAUAUAUGUCAAUCACUUAAUCGAAUGUUUGUUAUUCAUACAGAUCAUAUUGAUUAUCAUAGAUUAUUUAAUUUACAACUUAUUUGUGCUGAAGUUUAUCAAACCAUAGGUGAUAUUGAUCAAGCUUAUUGUCAAUAUAAUCAAGCUGAAAUAGUAGCACAAAAAUUGGAUAAUAGAACAACAAUGAUGAACUACUUUGAUACAAUAGAAAGAGAGCGAAAACGAAAAAAAUUAGAAGAGAUUGGAAUGAAAUUAGAAUUUCAAUCAGAAUUUCAAUGUAAUAUUAUUAAAAAUCGAAAAAAUCGAAUCUUUAAUUCAACAUGUGAGAAUUUUCUUACACAAUUAAAUAUGAAUAAUCCAAGUGCUGAAUAUUGUCGUUAUAUAUGGCGACAAAUUGUUCUUCAAUUUGUUCUCAAUCCAAGUAUAGCUAUACCUUGUGCUAAAUGGUUAAUUUCAUAUGCAAACUAUCUUACAACUAGUAGCCUUCAACAUGCAAAUAGUCUAUAUGUUGCACUUAAUCUUUUUCUUUAUGGUUAUGGACCAAAAAUUUUUCAAAAAACUUUCAAUAUUGAUGUAUUUAAAAUGUUAGAUGAAAUUGGCCGCCUUUUUGAAGAAAAUGGUAAUCAAUCAAAACAAUUUUCACCUGUACAUAAAAUGGCACAUGUUUGGGGUACAGCAGCUGUUGCAUUUUAUUUAGCAUCUGAUCAAUAUAAAUAUUUAGUUUGUGCAUCUAUGAUGAGAGUCAGUUUUGAAUCAUUAGGAAUACGUUUUCUGUCAUCAGGUAUUGAAUCAUUAUAUGUACUUGCAUUUAAACAUGCUCCGGACUUUUUUACUAUGAUGACUCAUGAUCCAUGCAUCAAGCUUAUUUCACCUGAAUGUAUAAAUUAUUUUCGACGACAAUUAGAAAAUAAUUUGACUUGUAUUAGAUAUUCAACUGAAAUAGUGAAUCGAUAUGUUUUAGAAGUUGUUAACAUUGAUCAAACUAACUAUCGAAUAUGA